GCCGCCACUACGGAUAUGUCGCCGCUUGCAGUCGGAUGCCUCCAGAGACGCUGGUGUCGAGCAGCAACCCGCAGCGAGCCGAAAGCGUCUUCAUGGACGGCAGCUGGCCAAGCAGCGAGAGUGGGCUGCGAGAAGGAAUGGUGCGCUUUUGGAAGCGUAAGCUGCAGCGGGUGGAGGAUUUGGGAUCCGCGGGACCUCCAGUCGGAGUCGCCUCCAUACCAGAUGACGACUGCGAAGAUCGCCUCCUCCUCGGCCGAGGCUUCUGCAGCUUCAUCGAGUGCCUGGCCGAGGGAGUUACCGUGCGCUUGGGCGAUCCGGUCAAGGAGGUGUGGCAAACAGAGUCCAUGGUGAAGAUCACCACGAAGUCCGGCCAGUCUUUCGCCGCGCCCUUCGCCAUCGUCACCGUGCCCUCGGGCGUCCUAGCCGAACUCCAUCCAGAGAGUUGCAUCCACUUCACCCCUGCGCUGCCGGCAGACAAAGCUGCUGCCAUCAAAAGGCUGUCGAUGCCAAAGCGCGGAGCAACGACGCACGAGAAGGUUGUCCUCCGAUGGCCCGUCUCGGAGCCGUUCGUGUCAGAGGUGUUGGGUGCCCGGGGCGCCGCUUUGCAGUUUGAGACCACCGACCAGAGGUUUCACUUCCUCAAUCUGCACAAGUAUGGCCGCGAAGGCCCGAAGUUCAUGACAGCAGCCUUCAAACGAGACCCUGUGGGCACUGACGUCGAGGUAACUCAGCCGCUCGUUGAAGAGGAGGAUGAAAGCCGCGACUUGCUGAUGCCGCUUCCCACCCCGACCCUCCUGCCCUCCAAGAGCACCCCUGUCGCCGAGGGCAAGGUGGAGAAGGACAAUCGCAGCGCAGACGACGAGGACUCCGUGUCCAGUGCGGCAGAGAGCCGCGCGGGCUUUACGAUCGAGGAGGUGGAUGUGUGGCCAUUCCUCCCAAAAGUGCUCCCUACUUCCACAGUCCUUGGAGCUCUCUGCAUGCUGUGGGUGCAGCUGCCAGCACUUCAUGUUUACGCUCCGGCGCGGGUUUGCUUUGGCACACUGUUCCUCGGGACGAUGGGAUGCAUGGCGCACGGCGCCUACGCGGACCCCGGACAGAUGCAGGAGACUGUCGAUGUGGAGCAGGGUAUGCCUCAGC